AUGACAGAAAGCAGCGGAAAAGCUUUUGCCUUGGCCAUCUCGGUAUUGAUGGUGGUUACAGGCUCGCUAAAUACGAUAUGCGCAAAAUGGGCGGACAGUCUGAAAGCUGAAGGCGUUGCUUUCAAUCAUCCCUUUCUUCAGGCAACAUGUAUGUUUUUUGGUGAAUUUUUGUGCUUGGUAGCGUUCUUCGUCAUCUAUGGUUAUCGAAAAUAUCGUUGGAAUGCCGUCAAUAUCACCGGCGAAUCCGGUUCUAUAACUGAUAUAACAUCUGAUUCUGAGCCGCAAUUGCCUCAGUUCAAUCCUUUUGUGUUCUUGCCGCCGGCAUGUUGUGACAUUCUUGCAACGUCAAUCAUGUAUAUCGGGCUGAAUCUGACUACUGCUAGCAGUUUUCAGAUGCUGAGAGGAGCGGUCAUCGUUUUCACCGGUCUGCUUUCCGUCGGAAUGUUAGGAGCACGCAUUCAAGGAUUUAAGUGGAUUGGAAUGAUUUUCGUAAUCCUAGGACUGGUUGUCGUUGGAGUUACUGAUAUUCUUUAUGAUGAUGAUCCGCUUGACGACAAGAACGCUAUCAUUACUGGUAAUCUACUCAUAAUUAUGGCACAAAUAAUUGUUGCGAUACAAAUGGUAUAUGAGCAAAAAUACCUGAACCAAUAUGAUGUUCCAGCAUUGUUUGCCGUUGGAUUAGAAGGCUUGUUCGGCAUGACUAUUCUGUCUGUGUUGAUGGUGCCAAUGUACUACAUUCAUGUUCCCCACACUUUUUCCACUAAUCCAGAAGGAAGGCUAGAGGAUGUCUUCUAUGCGUGGCGGGAAAUAACUGAACAACCAUGGAUUGCCGUUGCUUUGGGUGGAACAAUUAUUAGUAUCGCUUUCUUCAAUUUCGCUGGAGUUUCUGUGACCAAGGAGCUUUCGGCCACAACUCGAAUGGUCCUUGACAGUGUCAGAACACUUCUCAUUUGGGCGUUCAGCAUUCCAUUCUUCGGGGAGCAGUUCAUACCUCUUCAGCUAGUUGGUUUUGGACUCCUUAUACUCGGCAUGUUUGUUUACAACGACAUAUUUAUCGGCCCAUGGUUCCGACGGCGUGUGCUCCCUAACAUGGGCGACUCAAACUUGUGCACUAGGUGCUGGUUUUCGAUAUGCGGUGCGGAUUUGGAAGAAGCCGAUCGGGAGAGUCUACUCAACGAGGAUGCAUAA